GUGUGAGUGAGAGGAACUGUAUCUGAGUGUUGGUGAAGUGCUGCUUUGCUGUUUAAGAAGCUGGUAGCGUAGUGAAAAUGGGGUGCUGCUGCAGUAAGGAACUGAGCCCAGGCCUGCUAAGUGAGAGGACCAGGCUGCUUCAGGCAUCAAGCCCAGAGGCGCUGGGGAUCAAACACCAGAACAGAAUACACACUAAAGCUUUGGCUCAACAUGUGUCUGACGAAAUGGCUCAACACACGUGUAUACCGGACGGACCGGCCAAACGGAAACUUCAGGAACAGGAGAAGAAGAACAAUGUCAUCCCGGACAACGUGUCGACAGGCCCCAAGGAGAGGCAUUGCAGUGGCAGUGGCAUGCGGAGUGGGGGGCUACUCACUCCGCAACACUCACACGAGGAGGAACUGGCUAUUAUUAACGCCUCCACAGGCCCCAGCAUGGUCACACAGACAAACACGGACACACACACACACAUGGACUCGACGGAGGCAGGCGUGCCACACACACACGCUGCCAAGGCCAGGGCCAGCUGUGGGAAUGUUCCAUAUUUGGAGGGGAGUGUGAAGAGCCCAUUAAAACAGAAGAUAGCAGAGAACACUAUGGAUAAUUCCGUUAGACAAAGGAUACAGAGCACCAUGGAGAACCCACCCAAACAGAAGAUGGAGAAGACAAUGGAGAACCUAGCGAAACAGAUAGAGAAUACCAUUCAGAACCCAGACAGACAGAGGAUAGAGAACACUGUGGAGAGCCCAGUGAGACAGAGGAUAGCGGAGAACGCCCUGCUCAGGUCUACUUGGUUCAACCAGACCCCGGAGCCCGGCCAGGAAGAGACAGAGGGCUGGAGGACCCCCCUGGUCGGAACAUCCCCAACCCACCAGCUGUAUAAUAUCAGAGCUGGGGGGGAUUCCACUAGAGUAGGAGCAGAGGAAGAGGAGGAGGAAGACUGUGUCAUCAGGGCAACCCUGGGGCGGGGUUUCAGGGCCAGAGCUCAGAGCUUCUACAGCAUCUGUUCCAUCGAUGCUGACGACCUCGACACUGACCAAUCCAACGCAGAGGAACAAACAGGCUUCAUCCAAUCACACACAGCGGAACCUACAGCAAUCCAAUCACACAUAGCCAAAACUACAUCCUCUAUUCAAUCACACGUAGCAGAACAUACAGCUUCUAUCCAGUCACACAUAGCCGAACCUACAGCUUUCCAAUCACAUUUAGAGGAACAUACAGCCUCUAUCCAAUCACAUGCAGAAAAACCUAAAGCCAAUGACCAAUCACACAGAGUGGAAUCUGCAAAGGCUGACCUAUCGCACAUAACGGAACCCAAGGCUUCUGAACCCAUGGCUUCUGACCAAUCAAAAACAGUUGAAUUUACAGCCAUUGACCAAUUACAAACAUUGGAACCUACAGCCUUUGACAAAUCCCACUGUGAGCCCCCCGAGGCACCUGUUCUGCCGGACCUUCUCUGGAGAAGCUAUGAGGACCCUCAGACUUCACAACAGGACAGCUCCAUCACCCCCGGAGACACCAGGACCCCACCACUAAGUGGAGACAUUACAGAUCCCGACAUACUUGAGCUGACAUCACGUCAGGAGGAGAGUGUGUGUGUGAAGGACGAGAAUGUGUGUGUUAAGACAGGACUUUUGUCCACAGUGAAGACUGUUUAUAGCAGCCAGGAAGGAGAAAACACAAAGAGGGAUUUGAACCUCCAUGAUACUCAAAACAAUAUUCCCACCACCACAUACCCCUGCCCUCCUAACCCUACCCUUACAGAGGAGCAGCUCACACACAGCCCCAGCCUUACCUCUAGCCCCAACUCCAGCCCCCUGCUUGGGGCAGUGGAUGGGGCCACAUGUGUAGAGGAGAUGGAGAGGAUUGAGGUAUACCAAGCUGUCUCAGUGAGGAUGAUCAGUGAGGGGCUGAAAGGAGAGACAGAUGAGGAUGAGGAGGAGGAGACCAUACUCAGCAGCACAGUGGAAACCACACUAACAGAGGUAUCACCAGUCUCCACACUCUCUUCACUAUCCACAGUCUAUCCAGUCUACGCAGUGUCUCUACCCAUGGACUUUACUGUCCACUCAUUCAAAUCUGACCUUAGACCAGUGGAUAUGGAACAUGAAGUUGGAACAAAACCUGAUCAGUAUGAUAUUACUUCAGACAGCAACGCCAAGCCUGAUCAAAACACAACACAUGUGUAUGCUGGGAGACCUGAUAGGGAUGAUGUAAAACCUACUGGAAAUAACAGAAGCCCAGUUGAUGACUCAGAGCUCAUUGAUUGGCCAGUCCAGGCUGAGGAUAUAGUGGGAAGGUCUGCAGCAACAGAGAAGGAGCCGGAAACCAGUGUGGAACAGAAACACUGGCAGGAAAUGGCUGCCAUCACCAGUCACCCCACAAGAGAGAGCAGCUAUCCUCAGAAUUGUAGAGAGGACAGAGAGAGCAGCAAUCCUUCUCAGGGUUGGGAGGACAUAGAGAGCAGCCAUAUUUCUCAGGGUUGUGAGGACAUAGAGAGCAGCCAUAUUUCUCAGGGUUGUGAGGACAUAGAGAGCAGCCAUAUUUCUCAGGGCUGUGAGGACAUAGAGAGCAGCCAUAUUUCUCAGGGUUGUGAGGACAUAGAGAGCAGCCAUAUUUCUCAGGGUUGUGAGGACAGCGAGAGCGGCCAUCUCUCUGAGGAAAGAGGAGGCUCUACUCCUGUCCCUCAGGACCUGCCUAGUGGGGACACUCACUUACAGCCCUGCAAAGGUCCUCCAUCCUCCUUGUCCCAUUUCCUUUCAAUAGGUUCAGAAUGGAGAGAUGGGAGGUUGAGUUCAGAGGGAGGAACUGAACCCACUGACUGCAGAAACCUGUCUGAGAAGAACACAGAAGACGGAACACACGCGGAGGACAGAACACACACGGAGGACGGAACACACGCGGAGGACGGAACACACGCGGAGGACGGAACACACGCGGAGGACAGAACACACGCGGAGGACGGAACACACACGGAGGACGGAACACACGCGGAGGACAGAACACACGCGGAGGACAGAACACGCACGGAGGACAGAACACACGCGGAGAACGGAACACACGCGGAGGACAGAACACAUACGGAGGACGGAACACACGAGGAGGACAGAACACACGCGGAGGACGGAACACACGCGGAGGACGGAACACACGCGGAGGACAGAACACACGCGGAGGACGGAACACACGCGGAGGACGGAACACACGCGGAGGACAGAACACACGCGGAGGACGGAACACACGCGGAGGACAGAACACACGCGGAGGACAGAACACACACGGAGGACAGAACACACGCGGAGGACAGAACACACGCGGAGGACGGAACACACGCGGAGGACGGAACACACGCGGAGGACGGAACACACGCGGAGGACAGAACACACGCGGAGGACGGAACACACGCGGAGGACGGAACACACGCGGAGGACAGAACACACGCGGAGGACAGAACACACGCGGAGGACGGAACACACGCGGAGGACAGAACACACGCGGAGGACAGAACACACGCGGAGGACGGAACACACGCGGAGGACGGAACACACGCGGAGGACGGAACACACGCGGAGGACGGAACACACGCGGAGGACAGAACACACGCGGAGGACAGAACGCACACGGAGGACAGAACACACACGGAGGACAGAACGCACACGGAGGACAGAACGCACGCGGAGGACGGAACACACGCGGAGGACGGAACACACGCGGAGGACGGAACACACGCGGAGGACGGAACACACGCGGAGGACGGAACACACGCGGAGGACGGAACACACGCGGAAGACGGAACACACGCGGAGGACGGAACACACGCGGAGGACAGAACACACGCGGAGGACAGAACACACGCGGAGGACGGAACACACGCGGAGGACAGAACACACGCGGAGGACGGAACACACGCGGAGGACGGAACACACGCGGAGGACGGAACAGACGCGGAGGACGGAACACACGCGGAGUACGGAACACACGCGGAGGACAGAACUCACGCGGAGGACAGAACACACGCGGAGGACGGAACACACGCGGAGGACGGAACACACGCGGAGGACGGAACACACGCGGAGGACGGAACACACACGGAGGACGGAACACAUGCGGAGGACGGAACAGACGCGGAGGACGGAACACACGCGGAGUACGGAACACACGCGGAGGACAGAACUCACGCGGAGGACAGAACACACGCGGAGGACGGAACACACGCGGAGGACGGAACACACGCGGAGGACAGAGCGACACUCCCUGAGGACACUGAGUGUAGUAAUAUAGCAACAAAUGACAAUGUGUUUGUCACCCCUGUUUUCCCACCUGUGACAUUUGAAUUCAGCCCAUUUGAUGAACCCCUGAAGUUUGUUUCCCACGGUGAUAACUGCUCAGAUGUGGACUACCCUGUAGACGAUGCAACAACGGCAGAUUCCUAUUUGUUGGUGGGAGUGCUGGGGGUGGAGCCUGAUCAGAUUGACGUUUACGCCUCGACCCCCUCUUACCAGAUACAGUUCCUGGGUCAGGGGUCACUGGCUGUCACCACGGACAUGGACACCAUGGGGGUGAGAGGACAGGUCGAGGAAGGGGGCAUGAUAGACAUGGUGUCAGAACUGCUGGGAGAGGAAGGGGACCCCACCCUCUCUGGCCUCUAUCCCUCUCCCUGGACGCAUUUAGGUCCAGGGCUGGUAGAGGAAGAGGUAUGUGGAGGAUGGGCCCAGGGGCUGGCCCAGGGUAUGGUCCCCAGCCAGGGUGAGGGUGAGGGUGAGGAGGGUUGCGAGGAGGAGCAGCCCUCUAGCUCCAUGGCCCUGCUGGGAGUCUACCCCACUUACAGCACUCUUCUGCCUCAGGACUCUUGUCUCUGGGAAUGGCACCAUCAGUACCAGCCUAAAUCCACCCUGGUCUCUGAGCUCAACCCCAACGCUCAGGUAUGGGCCAAUCACAUGCUUAGUCUGGACCACUCAGGCCCCAUCUACACUAAGUCCCGUCUACCAUGGCUAACCGUUAACCAGGAAGGGUAUGACCAGGGAUAUGACCUGGAGGAAGUGGGCAAGGCUCAGCUGGAACCGAGCGUCAUAGAAUUCACAACGGUCACUAUGGAAAACCUGUCAACCAAUGGCCUGGUCCAGGACAGCUGUAUAUCAGAGGAGCUCAUCGAUCAACUGAAGACCUCACUGGAGUCCUGUCUGUCACGGGAGAACCUUGCCAACGACCUCUACCUCAUCUCCCAGAUGGACAGCGACCAGUUUGUUCCCAUAACAACGCUAGCCAACCUCGACCACAUCAAGAAGCUCAGCACGGACUUGGAACUCAUCUCUGACGUCCUCAAGUCCUUGCCGCUGGUGGAGGUGGCAGAAUGUGGGCAAAAGGUACGGCCCAAUCAGGGACGCUGUAUCGUCAUCCUCCGAGAGGUCCCGGAGACCACACCCCCAGAGGACGUAAAGGCUCUGUUUGCGUGUGAGAGCCUCCCCAGGAUCCAGAGCUGUGAGUUUGCCCAGAACGACAACUGGUUCAUCACCUUUAAAACUGAGGCUGACGCUCAACAGGCAUUUCAGUACCUGAGAGAGGAGGUGAGGACGUUCCAGGGAAAACCCAUCAAGGCACGGAUCAAGGCCAAUGUGAUGGCAGUCACAUCUUACGCUCCAAAGAAUGGCUACAGGCCCGGCGCAAUGGACUCCUGCACAAAUCAGCAGCCUUACAACCCAUACUACGCCCCUCCCACUUUCCAGCAGCCCCUCCCACAGCUUUACCCAAUGACCAAUCAAAGCUUGGAUGCCAUGGCCGGAUACACGGACCCUGACCUGCAGAUGGCGUCAUUAUCUGGCUUCAUGAACGGCUUCCCAGGAGGCCCCAGCUUCAAAAUAUCCCCCUCAUACAGACACAGUAGGGGGCACCGUGGGCAGCGGGACCAGAGGCGGCGGUCUGGCGACAGGGAGCCGGGCCUUCUGGAUGACCCCCCCUUCUUCCCAGAGCAUGUACCAAUAGGACGCCCCCCUGGCCCCCACAGGCAGGGCCCGCCACGGUUACCAGGCAACAGGCGUAUGGAGGGAGAAGGGGGUCGACGUGGAGGGAGAAGGGAGUCAGGGUCCUCCUCAAGCACUGGCAUAGGAAGGAGAGGCCCCAUCGGUCAGAGGAGGAGAAGAGAUGAGAAGUACACUAGAGAGCCCCCCAAGUCGCCCCCCCGCUCCUUGUCUCCCAGUCUGGAGCUUGGCCCUACUAGCUUCCCCCCGCUGCCCCCAGCAACAGCCUCCAGAGAAACACUUACCAUAGCAACCAGCAAUCACAAAGCAACCUGCAACCACAAGUGUGCUGUUACAUACAGCAGUACCAGCCAAACAACCACUGUGACAUUACAAGACCUCCAGCCUAUCACAGCAUUGCCUCAGAAAAACCUCCCCCGAGAGAAGCUGAAGGAAACCAUGCCAUCUCUCAAGAGGACCACAGCAGCUCCUCCGACCGUGAAAGAACCUAUCCAGACCAUGAAGGAAAACAGACCAGCAGUGGAGUCCAAGAAGCCAAGCUACGCCGAGAUCUGCCAAAGGAUACGAGCCAAUCAAACGCUUUGCGCAAACCCCAUUGACUACACCCCAUCCGGGGCGGAGCUUGCCCCAGCCUAUCCUGCACAGGAGUCUGACCAGGCUCAGUUACCACGGUGACCAGAGUGAGCUGGUUACUUUUGGUUGGGGAGGGCAAGAGGGGAGGAGGAGAGAAGAGGAAGACGUGUUUCAAGCCAAAGGAAAAAAAUCUAUAGCGCUUUAAUGUUGAGGUUUUCAUUUAUUUUAUUUAUAAAGUUUAGUUAGUUUUAGAAGCCAAGUUGUAGAACUCUUGUUUUUCUCUGCUGUCUGUCUGUCCGUCUUGUGUCUGUCUGUCUGACUGACGGAAGUCUCUGAAUUCUUUACGGUUUAAUAUUGAUUAAUUUCUUUUUAUGAAUAUUGAUUAGUAUUUAGACCAUCAGACAUACUUCUGUAUUAAUUCCUAAGUCUAAAUAACUUCCGCGGAACAGUUACAGUAACUACACUGAACACACUGGAACAGUUACAGUAACUACACUGAACACACUGGAACAGUUACAGUAACUACACUGAACACACUGGAACAGUUACAGUAACUACACUGAACACACUGGAACAGUUACAGUAACUAUACUGGAACACACUGGAACAGUUACAGUAACUACACUGAACACACUGGAACAGUUACAGUAACUACACUGAACACACUGGAACAGUUACAGUAACUACACUGAACACACUGGAACAGUUACAGUAACUACACUGAACACACUGGAACAGUUACAGUAACUACACGGAACACACUGGAACAGUUACAGUAACUACACUGAACACACUGGAACAGUUACAGUAACUACACUGAACACACUGGAACAGUUACAGUAACUACACUGAACACACUGGAACAGUUACAGUAACUACACGGAACACACUGGAACAGUUACAGUAACUAUACUGGAACAGUUACAGUAACUACACUGGAACACACUGGAACAGUUACAGUAACUACACUGAACACACUGGAACAGUUACAGUAACUACACAGGAACACACUGGAACAGUUACAGUAACUACACGGAACACACUGGAACAGUUACAGUAACUACACUGAACACACUGGAACAGUUACAGUAACUACACAGGAACACACUGGAAAGGUUACAGUAACUACACUGAACACACUGGAACAGUUACAGUAACUACACGGAACACACUGGAACAGUUACAGUAACUACACUGAACACACUGGAACAGUUACAGUAACUACACAGGAACACACUGGAACAGUUACAGUAACUACACUGAACACACUGGAACAGUUACAGUAACUAUACGGAACACACUGGAACAGUUACAGUAACUACACUGAACACACUGGAACAGUUACAGUAACUACACGGAACACACUGGAACAGUUACAGUAACUACACUGAACACACUGGAACAGUUACAGUAACUACACAGGAACACACUGGAACAGUUACAGUAACUAUACGGAACACACUGGAACAGUUACAGUAACUACACUGGAACACACUGGAACAGUUACAGUAACUACACUGGAACAGUUACAGUAACUACACUGGAACACACUGGAACAGUUACAGUAACUACACUGGAACACACUGGAACAGUUACAGUAACUACACGGAACACACUGGAACAGUUACAGUAACUACACUGAACACACUGGAACAGUUACAGUAACUAUACUGGAACACACUGGAACAGUUACAGUAACUACACUGAACACACUGGAACAGUUACAAUAACUACACUGAACACACUGGAACAGUUACAAUAACUACACUGAACACACUGGAACAGUUACAGUAACUACACUGGAACACACUGGAACAGUUACAGUAACUACACUGGAACACACUGGAACAGUUACAGUAACUACACUGAACACACUGGAACAGUUACAGUAACUACACUGAACACACUGGAACAGUUACAGUAACUACACUGAACACAGUGGAACAGUUACAGUAACUACACUGGAACAGUUACAGUAACUACACUGAACACACUGGAACAGUUACAGUAACUACACUGGAACAUACUGGAACAGUUACACUAACUACACAGGAACACAUUAGAACAGUUAUAGUAACUACACUGAACACACUGGAACAGUCACAGUAACUACACUGAACACACUGGAACAGUUACAGUAACUACACUGAACACACUGGAACAGUUACAGUAACUACACUGAACACACUGGAACAGUUACAGUAACUACACUGAACACACUGGAACAGUUACAGUAACUACACUGAACACACUGGAACAGUUACAGUAACUACACUGAACACACUGGAACAGUUACAGUAACUACACUGAACACACUGGAACAGUUACAGUAACUACACAGGAACACACUGGAACAGUUACAGUAACUACACUGAACACACUGGAACAGUUACACUAAGUACACAGGAACACACUGGAACAGUUACACUAAGUACAAACAGCCAGACACUGAGUGCCAAGAAGCUAAAAAGCAAUGAUUUCAUAUCAAAAUUUGUUUCUGCAUGAGUUUUAGAUGUAUUUAUUUACUGUUUUAUUUAGAUGGGUUGUCUUGUGAGUUUAUUGGUUUGAGUUUGGAGGGUGGGUGUCUGUUUAGAAGAGAAACAUCUGAGGUGGAUAUUGAUAUGUGUACAUACAACACUGUUACCAUUAACAACUUGAAUUUGAUUUGGAAUCUGGGGUAGCUGGAGGGAGAGGGUGGGGGAUGUAGAUAAAACUUCCAGUUCGCAUGUCCUAUGUUUGAGAGAGAUUAACUAUGCAAAUGCAGUUAAUCGAUACAGAAUAUUUUAUUUUUUUCUGUACAGAUGUAAAUAAUUUGACUAUUAUUAAAUAAGUGCCUUUAAUAAUAAACAAUGGAAAACUCUA